AUGGCUACUAUCCCGGCCUACGAGAAGGGUAACAUUGAGAAGGGAGCGCCUGCUCCCCCGGAAAUUGUUGCGGCGAGAAGCAAUGAUGGCGAAAUCGCUUCUCGAAUGUACGAUGAGCGGCCUUCGCUGUUGACCUGUCUUGGGGUCACGCCGGAGUCGUUCAAGCAACGCACGUUGGCGGACACGCAUAGCCAGCUGAACAAGACGCUGACGACGAGACGUCUCCACCUGAGAGUUACUGGUGAUCGCGCAAUUCGGCAUGGUAGAAGCGUUGCAACACAUGCACAGGUUCGGUGCUUACCAAUAGUCGCAAGAGGCGGAGGAUUAGUGGAUCGCAGACUUUGACUCCACCUCUUCUCUUCCUCCCUUUUCUAAACAGUAUUUCUAAACAGUAAAGCCUUCCUUGAUUGCUUUUUCGAGAUGCGAAUCCAGUCGAAGUGCUGGUCGAUGGAUCUUGCUCGAUCAUGUUGCCAAGGAUGUGCGCCGUCCGAUGAGGGGUUCAAGUGUAUACAUGUAGUGCCGUUGUCGGAGUCUCGUAAACUCGCGGUUCCCUGUCGCCUGUCUAUCUCGAAACAUGUCAACACGUCGGUCUUAGAGUAGAACUCGGCGCUGAUGCCAAUGUGCCCCCUCUCUUAACUAGAAAAUCACGGCAAAGACCAUCAAGAAGAUGCAUACGAAAGCUUUGGCUCAGUUUGCAGCAACCGCCACCACCGACCAGCUCACUCCAGAACUUCGUAACAAGGUCAAGGAAGUUUUGAUCGAUUUCAUUGGAGUCGCAGCCGGCGCAUUGGACAAUGCAGAGUCCACAGACCCGAUUUACAAGGCAAUCGUCGCGCUUCAAGGCCAAGGUAACACAGGCAACAGCACAGUGAUUGGUAAAGGCAAACCGCAUAUGCUCCCGCAGUACGCCGCGCUCCUCAACUCAGCCUUCGCGCAUUCCUUGGACUUUGACGAUACACAUGCGGAAAGCGUACGUAUUUCUUCUCGUCUUUGGCUAAAGACACCGUUGGCUGAUCGUCUCAGACUCUCCAUGCUGGCGUGACGGCGAUCUCAGCGGCUUUAACGCAAGCUGAGCUUUUGAGUGGCGAGGCGACUAGUGAACGGUUCAUGCUUGCGAUCUGCGUUGGCUAUGAGACAGUGUGCCGCAUAGGUCGCGAAUUAGGAUUUGAAUCGUAUCACCGCGGCUUCCACAAUACCGCCACAGCGGGUGUCUUUGGCGCAGUAGCGACAAUCGCAGUAUUGAAAAAGCUCUCAGCCGAGACCGUUGGGAUGGCCUUUGGAUUGGCUGGAAGCAGAGCAGCAGGUUCUAUGCAGUACUUGGACAAUGGCUCCUGGAACAAACGGCUUCAUCCUGGGUUUGCUGUACAUGACGCCUAUAUGUGUGUUGGCCUGGCUGAGGCAGGCGUCGUUGGUGCUACCAAGAUCAUUGAAGGCGAAAUGGGCUUCUUGAAGGCGUAUAGUCCACGAGAGCCGAAGGACCUCGAGCGUCUUGUGCGUGACCUGGGUCAUGAGUGGAUCUGGCGUACCUCAAGCCUCAAACCAUUCCCAGCUUGUCGCAUGACGCAUGUCUUCAUCGAAAUGGCCGGCAAUCUUCAAAGCUCCCGCGCUAUCACACCUGAAGAUAUUCAAGGCAUCAGGGUGACCAUGAGCCCCACUAACUACCUGUUAGUGGGCAAGCAUACCCCUAACAAGGUCCAUCCGCAGACCACUGUCGAUGCGCAAUUUUCGGUAUAUUUCCAAGUUGCAAAUGCACUCCUCUAUGGCGCCAACACUGGAAUCCAGGCGUAUCACAAAUUGAACGAUCCAGGAAUCGCUGCUCUUUCGGAUCGCAUAAUAGUCGAGACAGAUGCAGACAUGUCUGGUUUUGCAGGAAUCCUCGCUGUUGGGUGGACUAGUGGAAGCAUGGACAAAGUACAAAUGGAAUUCCCACUUGGAGAGGUCCGGCACCCAUUUACCCGGGACAAGGUAGACGCCAAGUUUAGGAGCCUGACGGUGCCAGUGUAUGGGGAACAGAAGGCGAACGAAGUGAUUCGGAUGAUCGAUGACCUUGAAAAGCAUACCGUUUCUGAUAUGUUGUCUCUCUUGCAGUAG